AUGGAACCCGCGGCAGCGCCAGCCUCCCCCGCGCCCCCUCACGGAGGCCAUACCCCCACUGUCGGCGGCAACGCGCGGGCCGUCCGGCGGCGCCAGUACGCGGUGCUGGCGCUCACCUUCGCGGCCUACGCGGCGUUCCACGCCUCCCGCAAGCCGCCCAGCAUCGUCAAGGCGGUCCUCUCGGCCGACUGGGCGCCCUUCACCGGGCCCGAGGGGACCCACCGCCUGGGCGAGCUCGACGUCGCCUUCCUCGCCGCCUACGCCGCCGCCAUGUUCGCCGCGGGCCACCUGGCCGACCGCGCCGAUCUCCGCCUCCUCCUCGGCGCCGCCAUGCUCGCCUCGGGGGCCGCGUCGGCGGCGCUCGGCGCGGCCUACUUCCUGGGCGUCCACGGCCUCCCCUUCUUCCUCGCCGCGCAGGUCGCCAGCGGCGUGGUCCAGUCCGCCGGGUGGCCCUGCGUCGUCGCCGUCGUGGGCAACUGGUUCGGCCACGCCUCCCGCCGCGGGACCAUCAUGGGGGUGUGGAACUCGCACACCUCCGUCGGCAACAUCGCCGGCUCCGUCCUCGCCGCCGCCGUGCUCGAGUUCGGCUGGGGGUGGUCCUUCUUGGUCCCCGCGUUCGUCAUCGCCGCGCUCGGGGUCCUGGUGCUGGUGUUCUUGGUCGCUCACCCGAGCGAUGCUGGCUUGGACCUGGAUUCAAUGAUGGAGGUUGAGAUGAAUGGGGAUGGUGGGGAGGAGGUGGAGCUUCUUGUAGAGGACAAGAAAGAGGCUGAAGUGCAUGAUGAUGAUGAAUUGGAAUUGGAAAUGGAAAUGAGGUCCCAAUUACCUACGGCCAUCGGGUUCUUGGAGGCAUGGAGAUUGCCUGGUGUCGCGGAAUAUGCAUUCUGCCUCUUCUUCUCCAAGCUUGUUGCUUAUACCUUCCUGUACUGGUUGCCAUUCUACAUCAGGAACAAUGCUGUAGCAGGCCAGUUCUUGUCACACAAGGCUUCAGGAAUUCUGUCCAUUGUAUUCGACAUCGGAGGAGUGUUGGGAGGGAUUUCAGCUGGCUUCCUCUCAGACGCAAUAGGUGCCAGAGCUAUAACAUCAGCUCUGUUCCUUCUCCUCUCGAUCCCCGCUCUUAUCCUUUACCGGACAUUCGGAAGCAUAUCCAUGCGUUACAACAUCGGCCUCAUGUUCCUCUCCGGCUACUUCGUGAACGGCCCAUACUCCCUCAUCACCACGGCCGUCGCAACUGAUCUCGGCACCCAAGACGCGAUCAAGGGGAAUUCACGUGCACUAGCCACUGUCUCUGCGAUAAUCGACGGCACCGGUUCUGUUGGUGCAGCAUUGGGGCCCUUGCUGACGGGGUACAUCUCGACAAGAGGAUGGAACAGCGUGUUCUUCAUGCUGAUCGUGUCCAUAUCCCUUGCCCUCGUGUUUUUGAUACGCAUAGCCAGGGAUGAGAUAGCUGCCAAGAUCAGCGCCAGGCGUUAG